UUGCAUUAAUUUUUGUUGGUGUAGCAUAAAUGGUGAUGACCCACAUGCAGGUUGUGCAUCUCACAAACCCUGGGUGUCCCAAUAACUUUUGAACUCUCCUCACUCACCUUUAGAUAACUGCCACGUGAUUUCAGGUUCCAUGUUGCCCCCCACCUUCUCUCUGCUGUGAAAUCUCUCAUCAUGGUUCUUCAAUCAGCAAAUUAAAAAUGGUUUAAAAAGUGCUUUCUCGGUUUUCCUGAAAGAAGAACCUUUGUGGCUUUGUCCAUUUCUGCACAGCCAAAACUCGUUUCAAAAUUGAACAAGAAAAGAAAGAAGCUUCUCUUGACAACAAGUUAUUCCAUUCCACUCUCUCUCCUUCGACAAGGACACCCCAGAUGAAUCUCCUUGUUCUCUUCCUACCUAUUUGGGUGCUUAGCAUUUCUCUUUCCUCGCCAAUUCUUCAUGCUGCAUCUUUCAUUUCUGUUUCUCAAAAUGCACAAGCUGAGUCUCCAGGUAUUCAUGAGGUUAGAGCAGUGCACCACCAGAAUUUGACUAAGAGAAUUCUAAUUGCAUCAGUUGCUUCUUCUGGUCUUCUUGGUGGAGUCUUCCUAAUCAUAGUUUAUGUCUGGUUCCGUCGACAUAAAACCUUAAAACGCUCCAGAAGUAAAAGCCAAGAAACCACCGAGGCUGCAAAAGGGGAAACUUUAAGCUCGGUUAAUGCAAAACUUAACUACUCAAGGAUGGCAGAUAAGAAGAGUUCAAUUGCUAUUUUUGAGUAUCAGCUGUUAGAGGCUGCCACGAACAGCUUUAGCACAAGCAGUAUUAUGAGAGAGAGUGGUUCUAGAAUCAUUUACAGAGCUAACUUUGAUGAGCAUUUCCAGGCAGCUGUGAAGAAAGCAGAUAGUGAUGCUGAUAGAGAAUUUGAGAAUGAAGUGAGUUGGUUGAGCAAGAUGCGCCAUCAGAAUAUCAUAAAACUUAUGGGUUAUUGUGUUCAUGGUCAAUCGAGGUUCCUUGUUUAUGAAUUUAUGGAGAACGGGUCUCUGGAAACUCAAUUGCAUGGGCCUAAUCGAGGGUCAUCUUUAACCUGGUAUGUCAGGUUAAGAAUUGCUGUUGAUAUUGCCAGAGCAUUAGAAUAUCUACAUGAGCACUCCAAUCCUCCUGUGGUUCAUCGAGACUUACAAUCUUCCAAUGUUCUUCUGGAUUCUAAUUUUAAUGCGAAGUUAUCAGAUUUUGGAUUUGCUAUGGUUUCCGGAAUGCAACAUAAGAACAUGAAGAUGUCAGGAACUUUAGGAUACGUGGCCCCCGAGUACAUAUCACAUGGUAAACUAACUGACAAGAGCGAUGUCUAUGCUUUUGGGGUUGUCCUUCUAGAACUCCUAACCGGAAGAAAACCCAUGGAGAACAUGACCUCAAACCAGUAUCAAUCCCUUGUAUCAUGGGCCAUGCCUCAGCUAACUGACAGAUCGAAGCUUCCAAAUAUUCUUGAUCCUGUUAUCAGAGACACAAUGGAUUUGAAGCACUUAUAUCAGGUUGCUGCAGUGGCUGUACUCUGCGUGCAAGCAGAACCAAGUUAUAGGCCACUCAUAACAGACGUGCUGCACUCUCUCAUCCCUUUGGUACCCGUUGAGCUUGGAGGGUCAUUAAGACUUACAGAACCAAUCAGCUCAGAGAACUCUCAUUGAUAUUGUAUAAUCGUGUUUUCAUUUUUCAACUAUGGUACUUGUGCACUUUUUAAACAUUUUGCUAUUAUAAUUAUUGUUAUUGAUA